AGUCCAUUCCACCCUAAGCUGCUCAACGCCGUCAAAACCCAGAGUAUUGACAUUGACGCUAUUCUCAAUCCGUGCCCCCUCCUCCCAAAACCCAUCCACAACGGCUCAUCAUGGCGCGAUGCCGAAGAAGAGAAAGGGCCAUUCUCACGAACUUUGGUUCUAGGCGAGUUUUGGAUCUUGCUCAAAGACUCCAUACCCGUGAUCCUAGCAUAUGCUCUACAAAACAGUCUCCAAACUGUAUCUGUGUUGAUCAUCGGACGCUCGUCGCCCGAGAACCUCGCAGCAAGUGCGUUUUCGCAGAUGUUUGCUAUGGUAACGGCUUGGAUGAUCGCCCUCGGAGGUACAACGGCUAUCGACACGCUUGCUUCCUCCUCUUUUACCGGCAGUUCAAACAAGCAUGAUCUGGGAAUCCUGCUACAACGUGGAUUCUUGGUCCUGGGGCUUUUCUAUGUACCGGUCGCUAUAUUGUGGACUUUUUCGGAACCUCUCUUCUUGUUUCUUGGACAAGACCCACAGCUUUCGCAUGAUAGCGCUAGGUUUUUAACCUGUCUGAUUCCUGGAGGCCUGGGCUACAUCUACUUCGAAGUUAUGAAGAAGUUUUUACAAGCUCAAGAAGGAAUCAUGCGAGCUGGAACUUAUGUUCUUCUCAUCACAUCGCCGCUGAAUGCCGCUCUCAACCAUUUGUUCUGCUACACGUUUGAGAUGGGUCUAUUAGGCGCGCCUCUAGCCACGGGAAUUUCUUACUGGCUCUCAUUUGCCUUGUUGGUGCUCUACGCACGCUUCAUCGAAGGCUCCGAGUGUUGGGGCGGAUGGUCUCGCGAGGCAUUCCAAAACCUCCGCACAUUCGCGCAACUCGCUCUAAUGGGAUUUAUACACGUUGGGACGGAAUGGUGGGCUUUUGAGAUAGUUGCCUUAGCGGCUGGGCGACUGGGCACCGUCUCUCUGGCUGCCCAGAGUGUGAUCAUGACAGCUGAUCAAGUACUCAACACUAUUCCUUUCGGCAUCGGGGUGGCAACAUCUGCGCGCAUUGGGAAUCUACUAGGUAAAAGGGACGAGAAAGGUGCAGCACGGGCUGCACACACGUCCGCUGCACUAAGCAUUGUCUUUGGUGGUGUUGUGCUGGCAGUUCUUAUCGGGACCCGGGACCACUUCGCGAAAUUGUUCAAUGAUGAUACGAGUGUUGUGAGACUUACAGCCGAGGUGUUGCCGUAUGUGGCGUUAUUCCAGAUUGCAGAUGGACUUAAUGGAAGUUGUGGUGGAAGUCUGCGAGGAAUGGGACGACAGCAUGUGGGGGCUUUGGUGAAUUUGGUGAGUUAUUACUGUGGUGCGCUGCCGCUGGGGAUUUGGCUUGCGUUCAAUGGCUGGGGACUACAGGGCUUGUGGGCUGGGCAGUGUAUUGCGUUGUACUUGGUGGGAAUUCUUGAGUGGAUCAUUGUCGCGCGCAGUCGUUGGGGCGCUGAAGUGCAGAAGGCUUUCCAACGCAUGGAUGUACAUGAAAGGUUAGAGGAUGGGUCUGAUUAA